AUGUCUAAAGCGACUCAUAUCAUCCGCUUCAUUGCGAACGAAGACAACCGAAUCCACCUCGGCCAAUUGGUCGACACGAGUCGCGAUGUCGGCCUGGAUAGCCUCGAGGGCAAGGAGAUUAAAGCGUACCUGAUCAACGGGACCAUCUUCACUCCCGAAGUCACAAAGCUCGUGUAUACGGUCAAGCAGCUGUUGUCGCCUGUGUCGAUGGCGGAUUGUAAUUACAUCCGCUGUUUGGGACUGAAUUACAUGGAUCAUGCAAAGGAAGCCAACAUGGCUCUUCCAAAAGCGCCCAUCCUGUUCACUAAGCCACGCACCGCCCUCGCCGAUCCAUACCCGGCAGUAAUUCCUGUUCCCAAAGCCGCGCAGGAUGGGACUUCAGACUACGAGGCCGAGCUUUGUGUCGUGAUCGGCAAGACUGGGCGCGACAUUCCCGAAGACAAGGCGUACGAGUACAUCCUGGGUUAUACGUGCAGUAACGAUGUCUCUGCGCGGACGAUGCAGAUGUUGACCACACAAUGGUCGUUUUCCAAGGGGUUGGAUGGGAGUUGUCCGUUAGGACCCGUUUUGGUGACCAAGGAUGCCAUCCCGGAUCCGCAAAGUUUGAAGAUCAAGGCGAUCUAUAACGGUCAGACCGUGCAGGAUGGGAAUACCAAGGACAUGAUUUUCCCCAUCGCCAAACAAAUCAGCUACCUCUCGCAAGGCACGACAAUUGAGGGUGGAAGCAUCAUCUUGACCGGCACACCUGCAGGAAUUGGAUAUUUUAGGGAGCCGCGCGUUGUUCUCGAAGAUGGUGGCGACAUUCGAGUCGAGAUCGAGAAGAUCGGCACGUUGGUCAACAAGGUGAGAUAUGAGGAGUGGUAG